GUCCCCCUCUGGUGACAGAAAGUCGGCCCAGCAGAUGAGGAAGUGGCAGGCAGGCUGGCCCUGGGGACUUCUCUCUGGCCCUGCUCCCUCUGAGCCCUUCACUGCUGCCCGCCUGGCCCCCCACUGAAUCUUUAGCCAGGAUGGAGGCGGUUGUGAACUUGUACCAGGAGAUGAUGAAGUAUGCAGAUCCUCGGAUCCAGGGCUACCCUCUGAUGGGGUCCCCCCUGCUAAUGACCUCCAUCCUCCUGACCUACAUAUACUUCGUUCUCUCACUUGGGCCUCGCAUCAUGGCCAAUCGGAAGCCCUUCCAGCUCCGGGGCUUCAUGAUUGUCUACAACUUCUCACUGGUGGCGCUCUCCCUCUACAUUGUCUAUGAGUUCUUGAUGUCUGGCUGGUUGAGUACCUACACCUGGCGCUGUGAUCCUGUGGACUAUUCCAACAGCCCAGAGGCACUAAGGAUGGUUCGAGUGGCCUGGCUCUUCCUCUUCUCCAAGUUCAUCGAGCUGAUGGACACGGUGAUCUUCGUUCUCCGGAAAAAAGAUGGACAGGUGACCUUCCUACAUGUCUUCCACCACUCGGUGCUUCCCUGGAGCUGGUGGUGGGGGGUAAAAAUUGCCCCGGGAGGAAUGGGCUCUUUCCACGCCAUGAUCAACUCUUCUGUGCAUGUCGUCAUGUACCUGUACUAUGGGCUGUCCGCCCUCGGCCCGGUGGCUCAGCCCUACCUGUGGUGGAAAAAGCACAUGACAGCCAUCCAGCUGAUCCAGUUCGUCCUGGUCUCGCUGCACAUCUCUCAAUACUACUUCACGCCUAGCUGUAACUACCAGUACCCACUCAUCAUCCACCUCAUCUGGAUGUACGGCACCAUCUUCUUCAUGCUUUUCUCCAAUUUCUGGUAUCACUCUUACACCAAAGGCAAGCGGCUGCCCCGUGUACUUCAGCAAAAUGGAGCUCCAGGUACCGCCAAAGUCAAGGCCAAAUGAGAAGUGUGGCCUAGCUAGGUGCCCACCUAAGUGCCUCAGGACUGCGCCUUGGGCAGCAUCUGACUUCUCCCCACCUACACCGGUGACCUGUGACCAGGGCUUAAGUGGUCAGGACUGAGCAGGGGAUCGGCCCUCCCCUCCCCACAGCUGGUACACAGGGACCACGGCUUCCGUUCCUCACCCACUUCUCCUGGCCAGCUCCAAGGACAUGGCCUCAUUGCCCUCUGCCACUCCAGAGCUGGGGGCUGAAAGGGCUGGACACUUAUUUCCCCCUCCCUGCCUUAAACUUGGGAGAGGAGCACUCAGGACUGGCCCCCACCAGGGUCUUGUGGCCUUUUUCCUCACACUGGAGGUCAGCAAUAAUCUGUCACUGCGGACCUAUGAUCCCUCCUUCUCUACCCCACACUGAAGCAGAAGCUUCUUGGCCAAAGGUCAGGGUGGGUGGGUGGGGUCCUGGGAAUACAGCCUGUGGAGGCUGCUCACUCACUUAGGUCUUCAUUAAAAGUGACAGAGGAAACCA